AUGGGCUCGCACAACCUAUCCGACCAUCCGAUCUUCUGGUGUGACGAGCUGAAGCGUUUCGAGCGUAAGCGCAUCGCCGAUGAGAGCCUGCGGGACUUCAAAAACCGGAAGCUGAUCGAGCGUCGGUCCCGUGCGAAGGAGCAAGCCCAUUUUCCCCUCUUCCAGUACCGGGAAGUGAUGGAGCGUUACUCACCGUGGGGACGUAAGGGUGGCGGUGCACCGAACGAUACGAUUCGCAUGCGCAACAUACAGCUGCAGGGUUUGUAUCCGGAGACGAAGAAUGAUCUGCGGAAUCCGGUGUCGGUGGGACGUACGCGUGGUGUCGGUGCGGGCGGUGGCGGAGCACCGAUCCGGAGCGCUUCCGGGCAGAUCGUGACCGGGCUGACCGACGAUCCGAUCAUCAGCUUCAACGACGCAAACCGGUACCAUGUCGAUAACGAGCUGCGGUACAAGACGUCACCGGCCCAGAAGCAAACGUACCGGGCGGAGCUGGACCGGAUCGUGGCGGAGAAGGAAAACCGGGCGCGCAAAACGCGCAGCUCCGAGCUGGCGGAGUACCAGUCGCAGCCGGGUGGUGGGACGACACGGCCGAACGGUGGCCCCUGGGGGAAACCGGGCCCGGGCGGGAAACCGUGGCGCCCGCCGAAGAACGUCGGCCACAACUUUAUGAAGUCGAUGGGCUGGACGAACAAGGAGACGCUGCAGGAUCUCGACCUGGAGCUGGUGAACCGGAUGCAGCGCCAGCUGGAGGAGGAGAAUCGCUUCCUGAAGCGCUUCUCCAACUGCUGCUCACGGUGCGUCUGUCAGUGCAUCAGCAACAGCCUGGAGCAGGCGCCGGCGCCCGCCCUGGGCGGCAGUGCCGGUGCGGGCCGGGAUGCGAUCAAGUAUCACCCAUCACCACCUGCUACUGCGCCGGGUUUGCAACCGCCGGCCCUGCCACCACCGGCAACAGCGUCCGAUCGACGUGUUCCACGGCUCUGCAAUCAAAGUCAGCAGCAGCAGCAACAACAACCACAACAACCACAGCAACAACAGGCAGGGACGGGGGGUGGGCGGCGCAAUGGUGGGCGGGUUCCGCCGACGCGCAACUGUAUGAUAACGGGCGGUGUCGAGCUGGUGCCACUGCUCGCCAAACGGCGCUCCCAACCACGUCCCAUCAGCCUCGGCACGACCGACGUCACCAAGAUCGAUAAGUACACCGCAAACGGCAGUUUGGCACGGCGCACCGACGACGGCUACCUGACCGACCUGUGCAAUCAGAUGAGCCAGAAGCAGCGCAAGGUGGAAACGGUGCGGGCGAUGGAGUUUGAGACGAGCCGGCAGCACUUCGAGACGUGGAGCACCUUCUGGGGCCGGCCGGGUCACGGUGCACCACUGCCGAACAAGAACAAGCUCAACCUGGACAAUCUGCUUUACAAAUCACGCCGCUAA